GGCAACACGCUAGGGUUUACAAGUCCGCGUGCCACCACUUCUAACACACAUCGGACAAGUACUUCGUCCCAGGACCUAGGAGAGGCGGUCAGUUUACAGCUCCCUUUAACAAGCACUGGACGUUGGUCUUACAAACAGACCCUUGGUACUUGCCGUCGAUUUACUGCGGAUUAGUGAGCGUAUGUUCCUCAGAUCACAUUACUUCCAGGGAGUUAUGAACUUUCGUCAGAACUAAGCGUGUCAGUACCUGAUACAUGAUCUAGAUAAUUUUCCAGAAGAUGUCUGGUAUCUGUCCGAAGCAUAACUGUAAAUUAUGGUUGCUGUAUACUGUGGUGUUCAGUGGGUAUUAACCAGAUGAAUUUUGUAUAGCUGACAUUUUUGGUGAAGUUCUUAUUGUGUAUAUUUGAUGACCACAGUAUAUGGAGUUCAUAAUUUGGAAGAAAGCGUGGAAAAAAAAGAUGUGAAAUUAUGGUACCAAACAAAAAUCCCAUUUUUAUAUAAUGGUCCUCGAUAUAUGUUUCUAGCGUGCAGAAGUCAGAGGCUGGUCCAACUAGCACUGUACACGUGCUACAGAAUGGCUAGUGGUGCGUAUCCGCCUGUUUCUAUCACUAACGUUUGGAUUGCCACUGUACGCUUUGUCUGAAAAACCAAUAUUGGAUAUCGAGGAAAUGGAUCAUAAUUAAUUAAAUUGGAGACGUUCAAUGAAAGUACAGACAGAGUGCUAGAUUUGUAGACAAAUGCGAUUUAUACCAGCCUCAAGUUUGUAACAAUCGUAACAAUCUCAGGAAAGUGGAUACGUCCUCGAAAAUAGUUGGACAGUAUUAUUUUGGUCUUCAUACCAAGCGAGUUUCGUUUAAACUUUCUAAGCGGUUAUAAUGAAUGGUUGUACAAUAAAAAGCUUUUGCAUUGUGUGAUUAUAGAUUCAAGGAGUAAGGUGUUAUAGUAAGAGGCGUAAGUGGAACAUAGUGUGUUUUACUGGGCGAGGAGUGCAGCUUGUUACAGUAACAUUGGUAAGUGGUACCUCAACAUAGACACAAGUGGUCUACGACUAUAUAGACACUGCAGAAACGCUCGUAUAGCACUGUUUGGUGGGGGAGGGCAAUGCAUAACUCGUGUUGGAAAAAAAUCAAAGAUAUCUUCUGUCUUUGCUCCAGCGUAAGGGAAUGUGAACUUACACUACUGGGUAUGUCUACGGAAGGCAUAUUUAACAUCACGAUUGAUAGAAUGUGCUACGUGUGAUGCACGUGGGGAAAUACUAACGGCGUGUAGUAAUAUUGCUUCAGCGUUUGUUUUUGUUUACACAGCGACUGUAAGGCUGACUAAAGCAACUAGUGUGUGCGUGCCGUGCCGCCUCUACUACGGCGGGUCUGUGGCAGACCAGACUUGUGAAUUAUUGGAGAAUUGUACGUCCCUGAGUAACACUUGGAUUGGAUAUCUCUGCUCCAGACUAGUGUACAGGGAUGAAGGAUGACUGAUAUGAAAAAGAUUCGGUUUUGGUGGAUUUUCCGUCGUGGUAAGAAGAAAUAUCUGGUUCCUUCCACAGUGUGUAUCUGUGGGGUCGGUACCAUAGUGUUAGUUGCCAUAUUAAACGUUUUCUCCGCCGUGACCCGGUCCUACGAGGGCCCACCCCACAGCAUCCUAAACACCACGCGGUUUGUGACAGGCGUCCGGAAAAUGACCAGCCCCCGUGUCCGCCCCACACAGGUAAAACGCGAAACGUCAAAUGUUAUUCUAGACAUCGAUGAAGGACCAGAGGCAGCGUACAUGAUUCACGAUUUGCCUGACACUGACAGACAUGCGCAAAGUGGACAGAUACCGGAAACGGAUACAUUUUACGUCGACGAUUACGAGAAAAUUGACGAAAACGCACAAAAAUCGCACGAACGCGGUAAACUUCAAAAGAUCUCAAAAGGUGCCGCUAAGCGGCUUCCCAAGGCCCUUAUAAUUGGUGUUAGAAGGUGUGGAACACGGGCACUUUUAACUUUUCUAAGAGUUCAUCCGGACAUACGAGCACCUGGACCGGAAGUUCAUUUCUUCGAUAAACACUACCACAAAGGAUUGGAGUGGUACAGGAAACAGAUGCCAGCAACACUCAGCAGCCAGUUGACCAUAGAGAAAACACCUAGUUAUUACGUCAUUAAAGGUGUCCCUGAAAAAGUGCACCGAAUGGCCAAACAUAUAAAACUUAUAGUUGUCGUUAGGGACCCAGUCUCUCGGGCGUUUUCAGACUAUGUGCAGUUGGCGUCCAAACAUUCCGACAUCCGGACGUUCGAGGAGCUGGCCUUUCUCAAUAAUGCUACCGGACUGGUGGACACAUCCUGGUCAGUUCUGUGCAAUGGUGUUUACUCUAAAAGUCUUGUACGAUGGUUACAAUACUUUUCCUUGAAUCAGAUUCACUUUGUGAGCGGUGAAAGACUUGUGGCCGAUCCGGCAGGGGAGAUAGCAAAGGUACAAGAUUUUCUCGGUCUCAAACGUAUAAUUACCUCAAAACAUUUGUAUUUUAACAAAACACGUGGAUUUCCGUGCGUGAAGAAGCACGAGCGACACGGGAAACCCAGGUGUGUGGGAGUGAACGGGGCCAAACAUUACCCCACAGUUACACCCCGGCUAGUCAAACGUCUCAGGGAUUUCUACAGACCAUUUAAUAAACGAUUUUACGAAAUUACGGGUGAAGACUUCGGAUGGGAUGAUCACAAAUAAAGAAU